AUGGGGGGGGCAUCGGGUGGGGCGGAAAACCCAGGGAGGACCGCGAGAAACCGCUCCGUGGUGUACAAAACGCGACCGGCGUCGUCCACGAAAAGGCCACGAAUAUGCAGCGUCGGGGGUUUCACCGUUAAGGCGCCGUGGGGAGGGGAUUCGGAGGUGGAAUCCGCGGCAAUCCCCGGCGUUCGUGAUGACGGCGACAGCGCGUUAAACCAAAUGCGACGGCCAAGCCGGCGGGCUUCGGGAAUCGGAUCGAUUGCAAUAGGGCUGGCCGCGAUGCUGCCAUCGAACCCGGCGGACGCCACAUACGGAAAGCGCCAUAACCCCGAGUCCCCUUCCUCCGCGCCUGAGGGCCACAAAGAGGGCAAAAGCCGGACUUUAUACACCCCGUGCCCGUCGUGCUGCGCCGAGCGGAAAAAAACCCGCCCCCUCAACCCCUCCGCCGAACUCGUCGGCCCAUCCAAGGGGAUACGCCAAACCUGCACGCUGCCAUCUUCCGAUCCCGCCGCGCAGAGCAAUCGCGCCGUUCCCGCGUCGAACAUCAGAUCCACAUCGAAGAUCCGCCCCCGCGAAACCCCCACGCCGAGGCCUCGCCAGAGAAGUGCCCAGCCCGACGUCGGCCGACCCCCCACCGGCCAAGCCCCCUUAAACAACGCGAACGACCGAUCAUCGCUGCCGGUCGCGACGACGAUUUCGCCCGAGCCGGGCCGUUUGAGGGCCUUCACGGCGAAAAUCGCGCACCCGGCGGCGUGCGAAGGGAUCGUUUCCCGCCCCGCCCCAAGGCGGACGGCCGUGGGGUCGUCCUUUGAGGUCGAGGCGAACUCCCACAGCGUGAGGUGGCCGGCGUAG